AUGAAACAGGAAAGACACAACCGCUAUCGCAAAUUGCUUUUGCGGAAUUCUCUCGACAAGUUGCUAUGCGACAGUGAUUUCAUUGGCGCUCUUACGAUGGACGAUGACCUCCAGCAGGAGCUUUGUCAGGCAGACAAUUUGGGUAUUUUAGUCAACCACAUUUGUGGGAACGACGAAAAUGACUUUGACGACUGUGACUACCAAAUGGUAUCAACACAGAUCAUCUGUUCCGACAUGAAAGUUAUCAACGAGUCGAUUGCGAAAAUGCCUGAAUUGAUAGAAACGAUGAUUUUGUAUAUCAACCCUGACGAGGAAGAAACACUCAUUUGCAUUAUUAAGACAUUUAAUAUGCUUUUGAUGACUAAAAACCCGGCUUUUUUUAAUAUCAUCACCAAAAGUGACUUGAGACUCGAACAGAUCUGGACAUUCGUCGACAAUUAUGACGUCUUUUCUUUUUUUGUGGCAUUGCUUAAACAAAGUGGAGAAGAGGUCAGCGGACUGAAUUGGCUGUGUUCAAACAAUUUUGUAGGGUUGAUGCUUAAUUCUUUUUUGGACGAAAUUCAUCGAGACGUUCUUUAUAACGAAGAGGUUGUUGACAACAUCACAAAGCUCUUCGAACAGCUCGAAAUGGUCGAAACAGACACAACGCCAUUUUUGGAAAACUUCAACGCAUGCGACUUGAACGCUUUUUAUAAGGGCGUUUUCUCAACUGGGAACUUGUAUUUGAAAGAGUCGGGAAUCAAAAUUAUUCGAAUUGUAAUGGAUUCUUCUCACAAAGAAGAAAUGUGUAACGAGAGUGUGGAGAAUUUACCACCAACCUUCAGCGAGAUAUUCAAGUUUUUUACACAUAUUGUUGGUAUUCUUCAGUACGUAGACGGUCCAAUAACAUCACUUCGUAUCGAGUUGGCAAGGGUCGUACUCUCACUUGUUAAUUCACAAUAUCAAAGCGUUGUCAAUAAAGUGGCCGAACUCCACUUGGUUAAUGAGCUUUUGAACAUUUUCUUUUGCACUACACACUCCAACACAAUUUUCAGGCAACUCAUUUUCGAAAUUGUAUCAGUCAUUUACGACAAACAAAUGGUUGAACCUCUUUGUAUUGAGAUCAUCAAAAUGGGAUUUCUUGAAAAACUUUUGAAGUACAACAAACUCUUUUUCGAUUCGAAGGAAGUCAAAAACAGCGAUUUACACACAUUUGUACGCCUCUUUCUUGACAACUUUUGUGCAAUCCAACAAAACGCCCCAGAAGGCCCUGUUCAACAAUUGUUGCACAACAACACAGACUUUCAAGAGUAUUACUUGAAAAACAAAAAGGAUGCUAAACUUGAAUACUUCCUUCUUCCAAAACAGGCUCCAACUCCAGACGAGGCGUUGUAUGACUUUAACGAUGAGAACGAACAGGAUUAUAAUUAA